AUGUGCGCCCAUAUCUCGGGCAAUCUGUUGUCUGCCCUUCAAACUGCGGGGCUCAACCUUCCCCCACAGAAGCUCACACGUGGAGGUGCCGUACCUGACGUGUCAGAGAUGAGCGGUGUUGUCCGGGAGACGAGCUCCGAGGUGCACACACUGAAGAAGGAAGUCGCUGCUCUGCGCGCCGAUUAUGCCGACCUGCAGUCAAACUUCAGCAGCGUGAGCAAUCAGCUGUGUGAGCGCGUGGCGGCACUGGAGAAGGCGCGGGAGACAGCGAAAAAAGAGGCCGUGCUUGGUGCGCACGGCAAGCCAGACGUGGCCUCUCCAUCCAAGCGGGUUGACUCUAGUCCGGACCCGGGACUUAGAGACAUUGCGGCCUCCCCCCUUGCAGGAAUUCACCAAACCUCGCGGAUUGGUCCCAACGAGGAGGCAGGGUUGCCGCAGCAGCACCAGCGUGAACCCCACUAUGCAUCCCCCCCGCAGUCACCCGCCCCAGCUACUGCACAGCCGCAUCAGCCAAGCGUGCCACAUGGGCGGAACGCAGCGUACUAUCAGCCUGGUACAUCCCGACCUGCCCCGUCGCAGCGUCCGGUCGCUCCACUCCCAGCUGCGACCCGCCCGCCCGCUCCCAUAUACCAAGGUUUCGCGGCUAUGCCACCUUAUGCUCCACCGCCCGGGAUGCCGUUUUACUGGCAAGGAGCUCCCCCGCCGCACGCACCCCCCCUGCAGCAGUCGUACCCCCCGCCAGCCAUCCCGAGUAUGAGUGGCGCGGGUGAAGGAGGCGUGGAAUGGAUGCGCGAUUCCGGAGGCGAGGCAGGUGUAGCUGGAGCUCCUUCCGAUGCCUUCAACGGCGGACGAGCGAAGUCCAGGUACGCGGGGGUUACUGGGGGUGGAGAUGCUUGGUUUGCCAAGCUACUGAUGUCGGCCCCUCAAAACCCCAUUCGCAUGGGGCCGUUCCCGAGCGAGGAGGAGGCAGCCAAGGGAUACAAGGCUGCCGCUGUGGUGGUUCGGCCGCAAAGUUAUCGCAUCCAGCGUAGCAUUGAACUGACCCUGUCGGAGCAGCAGCUGCUGACCGGGUGCACCAGGCAGCAUGUGGCAAGCCUGGCCGAGCGUGGCCUCUGGCACAGGUGGCGCGAAAUGGCGGCAGAUUAUGCCGGAGCUUGCACCGGCUCCUCUGCUUUAGGUUCCUGGUGCAGCCACCAUGUUGCCGCCGCGGCCGCAAGCACAGCCGAGCAGCAGCCAGGCCACACAACCUCCGGGCAUGGCCCACUCUCGAACCCCAGGUGA